ACGCCUACUCCUGUAGCGACCCAGUCUACGACGAAGGUGUCAAUUAAACCCACAUCGACGCCAAGCGAUGAUGACUGUGAACGAGUUUUGCCGUCCUAUGCUCGGAAAAUGAAGAUGGUUCCCUCUUCGCUGUAUAUUCUACCGCCGUUUGGCGAGCCUUUGCCAGAGGGAUAUCGAGAUUGGACUCAUUUUCAUGAACGAUUUUACAACAGCCGACCAAUAUACAUAGAGAGAUGGAUGAUGACAAAAGAGUGGAGCGAAAUACCGGAAUGUGGAUCAAGUCCUUCAACCGAAAUUGUCCCUACUACUGCUCAAACUAUAUCGAUUGCGCCCACUAAAACAUUGCCCACAUGGUCUUCAUCGGAAAUAACGUUAGCAACAAUCUUUCCAGCUACGCUUGAUUCUACAACAGGUGUAACGACUUCUCUGGCUACCGCAAUACAUUCGUCGCUGACGCCUUCGUUUGGAACACUUUUAGCAUCUUCAAAAUCCGAAGUACAAUCUACUACCACUAUUGGGAUAUUGUCCACUCCAGGAAUCUUCAUAACAGAUACCGCAUUCGUUAUGACUUCUUCCGUCACAGGAACCGUACAGCCUUCUAAUAUUACUGGAAUAAGCACUUCCAUGUCAGGAUUCGUGAAACCUACUACGACAACUGGCCUGAGCUAUUCUUUAUCGGAAAUGGUGACACCUACUGCGUCAAUUGGAUUGAGUUCUGCUAUGUCGGUAGCUUUAUCUGGAAGUGUGAAACCUACAACAACAACAGGAUUGAGCGCGUCUAUGACCGGAACUGUUGUGGUAAACCCGACCGUCGGAUUCAGCUCUUCUAUGUCGGGAGCUGUGAAACCUACAACAACAACAGAAUUGAGUGCAUCUAUUUCCGGAACUGUGAUGGUGACUCCGACAGCCGGAAUUAGUACUACGAUGUCGGGAACUGUGAAACAUACAACAAUAACAGGCUUGAGUGCGUCUAUGUCCGGAACUGUGGCGGUGACUCCGACAGCCGGACUUAGCUCUUCUUUGUCGGGAACUGUGAAACCUACAACAACAACAGGAUUGAGCGCGUCUAUGUCCGGAACUGUGGCGGUUACCCCGACAUCCGGACUAAGUUCUUCUUUGUCGGGAAUUGUGAAACCUACAACAACAAUAACUGGAUUGAGCGCGUCUUUGUCCGGAACUGUGGCGGUGAGCCCGACAUCCGGACUAAGCUCCUCUUUUUCUGGAACUUUGAAACCUACAACAACAACAGAAUUGAGUGCGUCUUUGUCCGGAACUUUGGUGGCGAGCCCGUCAUCCGGAGUAAGCUCUACUAUGUCUGGAACUGUGAAAUCGACAACAACAACAGGAUGGAGUGCGUCUUCGUCCGGAACUGUGAUGGUAACCCCGACAGCCGGACUGAGCUAUUCUCUGUCUGGAACUGUGAAACCUACAACAACAACAGGAUUGAGUGCGUCUUUGUCCGGAACUGUGGUGGUGAGCCCGACAAUCGGACUUAGCUUUUCUAUGCCUGGAACUGUUAAACCUACAACAACAGGAUUGAGUUCGACAAUGCCCAGAACUGUGGUGGUGAGCCCGACAUCCGGAGUUAGCUCAUCACUAUCUGGAACUGUGAAACCUACAGCAUCAACAGGAUUGAGUGCGUCUUUGUCCGGAACUGUUGCGGUGACUUCGACAGCCGGACUUAGCUCUUUUAUAUCUGGAACUAUGGCACCUACAGCAGCAACAGGAGUGAGCGCCACAAUUUCCGGAACUGUGCUAGUAAGCCUGACAUCCGGAGUAAGCACUUCCAUGACUGGAACUGUGAAACCUACAACAACAACGGGACUAAGUGCGACUUUGUCCGGAACUGCGUUGGUGAGCCCGACAUCCGGAGUUAGCUCUUCUAUGUCUGGAAUUGUGAAACCUACAACAACAACAGGAUGGAGUGCGACUAUGUCCGGAACUGUGGUGGUGAGCCCGACAACCGGAGUUAGCUCUUCUAUGUCGGGAAGUGUGAAACCUACAACAACAACAACAGUAUUGAGUGCGACUAUGUCCGGAACUGUGCUGGUGAGCCCGACAUCCGGAGUAAGCACUAAUAUGACUGGAACUGAGAAACCUACAACAACAACGAGACUAAGUGCGACUAUGUCCGGAACUGUGCUGGUGAGCUCGACAUCCGGAGUAAGCUCUUCUAUAUCUGGAUCUGUGAAACCAACAACAACAACAGGAUUGAGUGCGUCGUUGUCGGGAACUAUGUUGGCGACCCCGACAGCCGGUCUUAGCUCUUCUACUUCUGUAACUGUGAAACCUACAACAACAACAGGAUUGAGUGCGUCGUUGUCCGGAACUGCGUUGGUGAGCCCGACAUCCGGAGUUAGCUCUUCUAUGUCUGGAAUUGUGAUACCUACAACAACAACAGGAAUGAGUGCGUCGUUGUCCGAAACUGCGUUGGUGAGCCCGACAUCCGGAUUUAGCUCUUCUAUGUCUGGAAUUGUGAAACCUACAACAACAACAGGAAUAAGUGCGUCGUUGUCUGAAACUGUGGUGGUAAGCCCGACAUCCGGAGUUAGCUCUUCUAUGUCGGGAAGUGUGAAACCUACAACAACAACAGGAUUGAGUGCGACUAUAUCCGGAACUGUGCUGGUUAGCCCGACAUCCGAAGUAAGCACUUCUAUGACUGGAACUAUGAAACCUACAACAACAACAGGACUAAGUCCGACUAUGUCCGGAACUAUGGUGGUGAGCUCGACAUCCAGAGUUAGCUCUUCUAUGUCUGGAAUUGUGAAACCUACAACAACAGUAGGAAUGAGUGCGUCGUUUUCCGGAACUGUUGCGAUGACUCCGACAGCCGGUUUAAGCUCUUCUAUGUCUGGAACUGUGAAACCUACAACAGCAACAGGAUUGAGUGCGACUAUGUCCGGAACUGUGCUUGUGAGCCCGACAUCCGAAGUAAGCACUUCUAUUACUGGAACUGUGAAACCUGCAACAACAACAGGACUAAGUACGACUAUGUCCGGAACUGUGGUGGUGAGCCCGACAUCCGGAGUUAGCUCUUCUAUGUCGGGAAGUGUGAAACCUACAACAACAACAGAAUUGAUUGCGUCGUUGGCCGGAACUGUGGUGGUGACCCCGACAGACGGUCUAAGCUCUUCUAUGUCGGGAAGUGUGAAACCUACUACAACAACAGCGCUGAGUGCGUCUAUGUCCGGAACUGUGGUGGUGAGCUCGACAUCAAGAGUAAGCUCUUCUAUAUCUGGAUCUGUGAAACCUACAACAACAACAGCGCUGAGUGCGUCUAUGCCCGGAACUGUGCUGGUGAGCUCGACAUCCGGAGUAAGCUCUUCUAUAUCUGGAUCUGUGAAAUCUACAACAACAACAGGAUUGAGUGCGUCGUUGUCCGGAACUAUGUUGGCGACCCCGACAGCCGGCCUUAGCUCUUCUACUCCUGGAACUGUGAAACCUACAACAACAACAGGAUUGAGCGCGUCUAUGUCCGGGACUGUGGUGGUGGCUCAGACAGUCGGAUUCAGCUCUUCUUUGUCGGGAACUGUGAAACCUACAACAACAACAGGAUUGAGUGCGUCGUUAUCCGGAUCUGUGGUGGAGACCCCGACAGCCGGACUCAGCUCUUCUACGUCUGGAACUGUGAAACCUACAACAACAACUGGAUUGAGCGCGACUCUUUCCGGAACUGUGGUGGUUACCACGACAGCCGGACUCAGCUCUCCUACGUCUGAAACUGUGAAACCUACAACAACAGGAUUUAGCGCUUCGGUGUCCGGAACUGUAGCGCCUAUCUCGACAUCAGCACCAACAACCUCAGGCUCCUCCGUGACGUCAGCACCAUCAACCUCAGGUCCGUCGGCGACAUCAGCAUUAACAACCCGCGCCGCAGUCCAAGCCACAGCUGAGCCCGUUUCAGGGGAAGACGACAGUAAAACUGCCAUAAUCGCCGGCGGGGCGGCAGCGGGAGCUGUAGUCGCCAUAGGUAUCGGGAUAGCGAUUGCGAUGAAGCUCAAGGCGCUCUUCGCCUCGGCCAAUGUGGUUCCGUCUGCCGCUUCUUACACGGCGCCAUCACUUCCUGGACAAGCAAGCUACAAUCCGCCGCAACCAGGAAACUCCAACCCAGGUCAAAACUCAAAACCAAGUCAAGGUAAUAAUCAGUUGCCAAAAGAACGCGGGAGUGACGGGCCGGCGAGGUCGCAGGUCAAACUUCCGGAUUCGCUCCAACGUCCAAUUCAGCUGCAGCCGUUACAAAAUGCACCACAGCCGUCUCUUAGCAACAGCGGGCUCUGGCUGGGAAACUACGAGCCUCCGCUCCCACCAAUCAACGGCGGUGCCGUCCCUGGGAUGGCGCAGUAUGCGGCUGCGCAGAUACCAGGUCCGGCCGUUUAUUAAUGCAACAUACCUUAUUAUCGCUUUAGUUGUGUAAGCUUAAUUGCUGAAAUACAUGUUGUUGUUGUAGUAAUUAUAGAUUGUUACUCGUAUAUGUGCAAUUAACGAUUUAUUGUGUACGUGUAUAACCAUAAUGUACGAUCAACGACGUUUUGUUAUUUGUUAUUAUGUAUGCAUUCAUUCACCAUACAAAUAAUUUGUUGUAAAUCUUAAUAGGUAUAAAAAAUGCAGCUAAUAUUAAAAAUUUAUCAAAGUACUGUUAUAUGGAUGUUUCGUGUAAUG